AUGGCAGAGCCUGCACCAGCACCAGAAACACCAGCUCCUGCGCCUGCAUUAGUGUCUGCAGAAGAAGCUGCAGCCGCAGGAGUAUCGGAAAUGGAUAGAAUUUUAGGUCUAUACAAAUAUUUAAGCCAACAUCCCAGUUUGGUAUCCGCUAGAAUUAUCUCCAUAGCAAGAAAUGGAAUCUCAAUUCAGACUGUUUGGUCUCAAAGGAAUUUAGAAAGAAACAUCAAGCAAAAAUUUACUCAGGAUUUCAGUUUAGACGCAGAUUUGCAACCUCUUGUGGAGAGUUUUCCUGUUGAUGUUAGCACUGAAGUUUUGUCAACUUCUUCGGAAAACGAAAAGUUGAAAGCAAUCGUUAGGGAAGUUGUGAUUAAUGGAAAGCCAAGGCAAUUUAUUGAAAUAUGGGAUAGAAAUCAUCUUAUCAAAAAUUAUGAUUUGGCUGCGCACAAUGCACACGGAGAAAUUUACACUGAUAAUGUAUUCAGCUCAUUUCAAUUUUCGCCAGACAAUACUAAAUUGAUGUACAUCGCCGAGAAAAAAUUGCGUCCAACUGAACCUAUCUAUAAACAAAAACCCAGAUAUAAACCUUGCAUAUAUACCGAUCAAACUGAACAAGAACCAGAACGGGGUACAGAAUACGAAUUCAAACCUGAUUGGGGUGAACAAUUUGAGGGCAGGCAUCGUUCUGCUAUUAUUUUGUUGGAUCUCGAAGAAGACAAAUUUUGGGCAUUACCUUUUAUACCAGAUGAUUACUUUCCAGCUGAGACAAUUUGGACCCCAAAUGGUGAAUGUAUUGUUGGUGUAGCUUAUAAACGCUAUAAAAGAUAUCUUGGUCGCUAUGGUUGCAGUAAUAGAGAAUCAUAUAUUUUCUUACUAAAAGGAAUGGAAUUCCGUAUAUUGACUAGUCCAGGUAAAGCUUGUAAAACUCCACAAUUUAGUCCCGAUGGAAAACAUCUAGUUUGGCUUGAACGAGAUAUAGAAAAGCCACAUCAUAAUGUGCAAAGACUCAUGCAUAUUAGAUGGGAUGUGGUUGAAACACCUGACAUGGUUGUUGACUUAGUGAAGACAAACAUUACCAUCGAGAAAAAUAAACAAUUUUAUGGUUUUUAUGGACAAACGAUUCCUAAACGUUGUUGGAGCAAUGACUCGAAUUAUUUAUUCCUCAGUACGCCUCAAAGAUCAAAUAUAAAAUCUUAUAUCGUCAAUUUAGAAACCAAAGCUGUAACUGAAAUUGAAAAUCCCGAUGGUAGUAGUUUAAGCAUCUUGGAUGUUAGGAAAAAUCGUGUAGUAUUUACAAGAUUCUCAAUGAUUCAGCCACCACAACUAGUAGUAGGAAGAUUUGAUCCUACUGCUGGAAAUAUUGGUGAUUUGCAUUUGUAUAAUUGCACGCAACCGCUCCAGAUUCCAAAUGCAGAAAAUCUUAUGUAUGAACACACAGAAUUUGUAUAUAAAACUAAUGAACCAGUCAAGGAUUUCAAUUUCACCUAUUUCGGCGUGAAAACUGCCGAAGAACAAUCAAUGCCAUUGCUUGUUGUCCCUCACGGAGGACCUCACUAUUCAUUUUGUAAUCAAUUCAAUAUGGAUCAUGCUGUUUUCGCUUUACUAGGUUUCGCAAUUUUGCAAAUUAACUUCCGUGGUUCCACCGGUAUGGGUGGAGAUAAUAUUGAAUUUCUGAGUGGAAGAAUUGGUGAAGUAGAUGUUCUUGACUGUGUAACAGCAGUUAAGAUGGCAUUACAAAAGUAUCCCCACAUUGAUCCUAAAAAAGUGACUUUGUAUGGUAUUUGCCAUGGUGGUUUCUUAUGUGCUCACCUUAGCGGGCAACAUCCCGAUAUGUUUAGGGCAGUUGUAAUGAGAUCUCCUGUCAUUGAUAUUCCAUCGAUGUAUACUACCACAGAUAUUCCUGAUUGGUGUCCAACAAAUACUGGUACUCAGUUCUUAGAAACGUUACCACCAGCAUCAUCUGAGCUGAAAUUCACCGAAGUAGUUUUAAAAAUGUUUGACCGUUCUCCUGUUCGUCAUGCCGGUAAGGUAAAAGCGCCUACUAUGAUUGCUGUGGGUACAAAAGACUUAAGAAGUCCGCCAUCUCAGGGUAAACUUUGGUACAAUCGGUUAAUAGCAAAUGAUGUUAUUACAAAAUUAUACGUGUAUGACGAUAAUCAUAUGUUGGCAAAAGACGUAGUUGAAAUCGAUUUCGUUAUUAACGCAGCACUCUGGCUUUUGAAAUAUAUAAAUAACACAUCAAAAGAAUUGGGAAAAUCUGCCGUUAUGGCUGAAGAGGUACCGAAAUAG